AUGAGCAGCAGAGGAAGUUCAAAGAGUAAAAUCUCAGAUAAGGAUCCCAGAUCGUCUGGUACUGACAGUUCACCGUCUGCCGGAAAACAGCAGAAAAAAACAGCAGAUAAAAGCGAGAAGCCGUCAAAAGGAAACGAUGAGGGGAAGAAAACAACCACCAAAUCAACCAGCGCCACAAGAGCAGAGAGAUCAGCUGAGACCUGUUCAAAUUCACCCACCCACAGUGCCCACGCAAAUCCAGGAGUCUCUACAUCUAAAACAUUACAAAGACAAAGCAAAAGUUUAGAAGAGACGAGAGGAAACGGAGAGGUGAAGAAAAAAACAGCAGAUAAAAGCGAGAAGCCGCUAAAAGGAAACGAUGAGGGGAAGAUAAAAGCCGCCAAAUUAACCCGCGCAGUGAAGGAGGGAGAUUCACAUCACCAUACCGAGAAACCGGCCGAUCCGCGGUACUCCGAUACUCCAUCAAGUCCAAAAUCUGACACCAAGAGGAAAGUUACCGGUUCGGUGAGGAAAGCGCCCAGCACCGAGUCUCAAACUCCAGGCGCAUCUGAAGGUAAAACUGUCCGAGCUGGUGGGAAACAUGAGGACAAGAAACAAUCACCUCCUGAUGCUUCUGGUGCAGUCAGGAAAAAGAAAUCAAUAGAACUGUGUAGAGGAAACAGUGUCACUCCAUCUGAUCCUGACACAACUGGAAAAGAUCCAACAACACCAACAAGUGCCAAAGGGAAACAUGGGCGGUUGGUUAGAAGUGGCUCCAGCGUGGACAAAAGUCCAUCUAAAAUCCUCCAGGAUGUUCUUGACAAGUUAAGGGUCAAAAAAAGUGACACAUCUGUGUCAGCUAAAUGUGUCAAUGACAUUCAGGAAAAAAUAAUAUGUCAUUUGAAGAAGAACCUGAACUGGUGUGAGGACAUCAAUGUGCUGAAGACUGGAAGUUAUUAUGAACAUGUUAAAAUCUGCGAGCCUGAUGAGUUUGAUGUGAUGCUAACAGUAAACAUUAACAGAGCUACUGUGAACCCUUACUCAGAAGAUGGAGCUUUUUACAGUGUUGAAAUGAAACGGGAUCCAAAAAGUUUAUUAAAUAAAUUUCUAGAUGAGAAAGGCACCAUUAAAGCCAGCGAAAUGCUCGAGGAAUUCCGAGAGGAAGUAAAGAAGGCUGUAGAACCACUGAAAGAAACAUAUAAAAUUAACGUCAACAGAAAGAAGAAGGGCUGUCCUGCUGUUACACUUGAGGUAAAGAACGAUGGCAAAGAGAUUUCCAUCGAUUUCGUGCUUGGGCUGGAGGUCAGUGGAAGUUGGCCAGCUUUCACUAGAGAUGGCCUCAAGAUUGAAACAUGGCUUGGCCAUAAAGUAAGGAUGGAACAAAGACGUAAACCAUUUUAUUUGGUGCCAAAAUAUGAAGGCAGAGGCAAUGUGGAGCAAGAUGGAGUUACUGCCAAGGAUGCUUGGCGCAUCUCUUUCUCGCACGUGGAGAAGGACAUGAUGAUUAACCAUGGUAAUUCCAAGACAUGCUGCAACACUGGACCAAAAUGCUGCAGGAAGGACUGUUUAAAACUUCUAAAAUACCUCGUGCAGCAACUAAAAGAGAUGCACCCAAAGGAAGCAGACGAGCUUUGCUCCUACCAUGCUAAAACAACUCUUCUUCAUGCCUGUGCUACCCGGGUGGAAGACAGUAAGUGGGCAGCCAGUGAGCUUAGUCACUGCUUCCAGCAGCUCUUGGAGGACUUUGAGAAGCAUCUGAAAGAUGGUCAGCUUUCCAACUUCUUCAUUCCCUCACAAAACCUUUUAAAAAAUCUCACCAAUAAAGGAGGCAUCGCCCUGGUAAACUGCAUCCAAUACCAGCGCAACAACGGGUUUCCUCUUUUCCAACAAGAUAACACACGGGGCACUCCAAAACAGACCGAUGUGCCAAAGUUGGGUGUUUGUGAUUGUGAAAAAAAUACUGACUAA